CUUUCUCAUUGGCCGGCUGGGGGCUUCCUCGGUUCCGCCGCCCGGAGGGCGCUGCAGCGGCCGCCGUAGCCGCUGUCCCGCGGUUUGGCCUCGCUCUUCCGGCUGCGAGCCUCUGGUGUCGGCGACGACAUGUGGCGCCUCCCGGGACUCCGAAGCAGAACUCUUCCCCGUCUGCUUGGGCCUGGACUCCGGGGGGUGACCCCCAAGCCCACCAGCCCAGAUGGGUCUCAAGCUACCUCCUCGACUCUGCUGGUCUCUGUGCCAAGCUUUGACAGGUCAGACCCCCAUGGCCCAGGUCCAGGCACAAGCAGGGGCCCCCGGUCCCAUGGAUGGAAGGGUGCCUUUCAGUGGAUGUCUGGCCGCGUCUCCCCAAACACCUUGUGGGACGCCGUAUCGUGGGGCACUCUGGCUGUGCUGGCCCUGCAGCUGGCAAGGCAGAUCCACUUCCAGGCAUCACUGCCAGCAGGACCUCGGCGAGCGGAGCACGGCUCUUGGCGCAGUCCCCUGGACUGUUUCCUCUCAUCUCCCCUGUGGCAUCCGUGCUCCUCGUUGCGGAGGCACAUUCUCCCCAGCCCUGACAGCCCAGCUCCCAGGCACACUGGCCUCAGGGAACCCGGGCUGGGCCAGGAAGAACCCUCCGAUCAGCCCGAGAACCCCUCUUCACACGGAUCCUUGAGAGCAGCUGGUCCUCAGGAGCCCCCUGAGGAAGAUCCCAGUGAUGUCAGCUUCCUGCAUGCCAGCAGUAGCUUCAGCUCCCAGGCAAAACCAGCCCAGCCUCAGCCCACUGGUGAAAAGCAGGAACAAGAUAAACCAAAAACGCUUUCCCUCGAGGAGGCUGUGACUUCCAUUCAGCAACUCUUCCAGCUCAGUGUUUCCAUCGCUUUCAACUUCCUAGGGACAGAGAACGUGCGGAAUGGGAACCACACGGCGGCCUUUUCCUACUUCCAGAAAGCAGCAGAGCGUGGCUACAGCAAAGCACAGUACAACGAGGGCUUGUGUCAUGAGUAUGGCAGAGGCACCUCCAGGGACCUUGGCAAGGCGAUCCUUUGUUACCAGCUGGCUGCCAGCCAGGGCCACAGCCUGGCUCAGUACCGCUACGCCAGGUGCCUGCUACAAGGCCCAACCCCCUCGUGGGACCCUGAGCGGCAGAGGGCAGUGUUCAUGCUGAAGCAGGCUGCAGACUCAGGCUUGAGAGAGGCCCAAGCUUUCCUCGGGGUGCUUUUCACCAAGGAGCCCUACUUGGACGAGCAGAGAGCUGUGCAGUAUCUUUGCCUUGCUGCCAACAAUGGGGACUCACAGAGCAGGUACCACUUGGGAAUUUGCUAUGAGAAGGGCCUUGGUGUGCAGAGGAGCCUGGGAGAGGCUGUGCGAUGUUACCAGCAGUCAGCGGCUCUGGGGAAUGAGCCCGCCCGGGAGAGGCUGCGGACCCUCUUGUCCAUGGAGGCGGCAGGUGCAGGUGCCGCCUCGGGGCCCAAGGACCUGGCAGUCACAGGGUUGAAGUCCUUCUCCAGCCCCUCCCUCUGCAGCCUGAACACCCUGCUGGCAGGAGCCUCGCGCCUCCCACAUGCCUGGAGCACAGGGAACCUUGGCCUCCUCUGUAGAAGUGGCCAUCUCAGAGCCAGCCCCAAGGCCCCCAGUAUGGCCGUCCCCCCACACUCCUUGGAAAGGAGUCUCGUCAGACUGGGUUUUGGCUAAGACCUUCUCACUUCAGCCCUAAAGAUGGAGCCUGUGGGCUCUCAGAGAGAUGCCACAGCUUGAGUCCCAAAGAAGAGGCCAGUCAUCCACCCACCUUCCCAAAGAACCUUAAGUACCUGCCCCAGCACAGUAAGGAGGAGGAGCGUGUGUGGAGGCCCAGGUUCUGGCCAUGUCACUGUGCAUGGCCACGGCACCUUGAAGCAGUGAGUAGCUUGACUCACCGCCUUGUCCCUCUGCUGUAGAUCAAGAGCAAUGGUGUCUGCCCUGCGACUCCGCAGGGCUGGUGUGGGCAUUGCACUGUGGACAGGACCUGAGGAGGCAUAUGUGUUUACGUGGCUUUAUGAGUCACCAGGCCAGGAGGGGUGCCAGACCUGACUCCUGGUCCAGGGCUCUCUGUGCUGUUCACACUGUGAUUUUACGUGGAAGUGUUUUUACCGUCCUGUGGAUGUGAGGGAGUGAAUGGAGAUCGAGCACCUGGACUCUUGGAGCAGGAGAGUGUGGAUUUUGAGUGGUCUUUGCUUGUGAAGGGUGUGCCAGAAAUGCAUGGAGUUUAAUAAAGCAGAUAUGGGAUUAUCUCAUCA